AUGGCCUUCGUACAAGCCUCACUGUUUGAUCCGGCAAUCCCACUUAAGGCCCGACAGGACGCCUUAAAGCGGGCCUUGUCCGAUCCAGGCAUUCCUGCAACCCCGACCACUACUUCUUUCUGGCUGAAGCAGCCACACCCGAAAUUGGCAAAGGCUCAGUCGUCGACACUACCCAGCCAAGCCGAGAUCGUGAUUAUUGGCUCGGGGAUUACCGGCACAUCCAUCGCUAGAACCAUUUUGAAGGGGUCCCGUGGCCAAGGGCAAAACUCUUCUUGUCCAAAGAUCGUUAUUCUGGAGGCGCGCAAUACUUGUAGCGGUGCGACUGGUCGCAAUGGAGGCCACAUUCUGGAAACAGUCGAGGAGUUCACCGAUUUUGAAGCCAAGUAUGGGUUAGAGGCGGCUAAGAAGAUAACGCGGUUCCGACUCGCCCAUCUUCCGGAGAUACUCAGUGUGGCGGAUGAGUAUGGGUUGACUGAGGAAUCUCAGACAAGAAAAGUGCAGUUCUUGAGUGCCUACUUCGAUGAGGAGAAAUGGCAGGAAUCUGUUCGUUGUAUCCGGAGGUUCAAGGAAUGCAUGCCAGAAGAAGCCGCCGAAUGGAAGAUAUUCGAGCGAGAGGAUAUCCCCGAGAAAUUCGGUCUCUCGACUGCUCGAGGCGUUAUCGCUGGCCCGGCUGGUGCGCUUUGGCCAUAUAGAUUUGUGACUGGCGUAUUGGCACGUCUGCAUCAAGAAUUCCCAGGGGAGUUAUGCAUCGAGACCAACACACCCGUAACAGCGAUCCAUAAUGACCACAACACAAACACUCCUGAUCUUCCUUGCUCCGUUGUCACAGCGAGAGGCAAAAUCCGCACCCGCCAUGUCAUUCACUGCACCAAUGCCCACGUUGGUCAUCUCGUCCCAGGUCUGAGAGGCCGCAUUUACCCGAUUCGAGGACAAAUGUCUGCACAAAACGCCGGUGUCAAAUUCAUAAACCAGGGCACAGAGAAUUCCUGGUUGUUCAACUAUGAAAGAGGAUUUGACUAUCUUACCCAGUUGCCUUCUGGGGGUCAAGCGGAUGCUGCCAAGAUGAUGUUUGGUGGUGGAUUUGCCCAAGGCCAAACCGGAGGCGUUGCAGACAUAGGCAUCUCCACUGACUCUGAACUGAGUUUCUAUGCAGAUAUCCAUCUAUCUGGCGCUCUAAGUAGUAUUUUCGGUCGAGAGAAUUGGGGGGCCGUUUCUGGACCUAGCGUGGAACAGAUGUGGACUGGGAAUAUGGGAUUCAGUGCUGAUGGGAAUCCGUGGGUGGGUAGAUUACCCCUCUCUGCCACUCAGAGAGGCGGGGACAAAGACAGCCAUGGUGCCGAAUGGGUAGCUUGUGCAUUCUCGGGCGAAGGAAUGGUCCAAGCAUGGUUGUGUGGAAAAGCGUUGGCUCUGAUGGUUCUAAAUCAUGACCAACAGUCCUCUGGUGCUGGUGAUCUCUCUUGGUUUCCGGAGCAGCUGCUCGUGACCGAGGACAGACUUCAUGAUUCUGUCCUGUCCGGAAGUGUUGAUGAUGAAAGUUUGGGUGUAUAG